AUGUCAUUCUUAGCCACCUUGUGCGGCUGCUUCACUCGCAGCGACGCAACUCCACGACCCUCCAACCCGGAAAUGCAAAGUCGGGCUCCCACCCACGUCCGCAAUGGUGUUCAAACUGGCCAGUUUAUCCUCUCUGACGAGGGCCACUUCAUCCGAACAGAUCAUGGUCAUGGUCAUGGUCAUGGGCACGGCCCUCCGGCUGACUCGGAGGUUGGGGGCUAUGCCACCGUGGUCCCACUGCCACAAUACACUCCCCGCCCCAUGAGUGUAAACGAGAAGACCUUGGAGUCUCAUCUCCGGGAUCCUUCCAUGUCCUCUGGUUCCAAUUCCUUCGACCCGGACGAGAAGAAUCGUCAUCUAUACAAUGAGGAUCUCUCAUCCGAUGCCUCUUCAAUCAUCUCGUAUCCAAGCAGCUAUGGAAAUACCUCCACUGCGACACGAGAGACUCCUCCACCUCCAUAUUCUCCCCGUCAAUCGGCACAGCUGACCCGAACUCGAUCCGUUUCCCUAUACUCUAUGUCAUCGACGAGAGGGAUUACAAUCAAUCCACCGCCCAUGGCGAGACUGAAUGGAGCGCGUACUGGACCACCACCCCCAUCAGACGGCGAUGACCUAUCCAUUCGUCGGCACCGCCGGUUAUCCUGGGAAAGCCGGUGA